GCCGACAGUGCCAAACUUCUUAUCUUUCAACAAGAUCAGUGGGCAGCUGUACUCAACGGGAUGUGUUAUGUCCCCGUAGCAGGCGCCGAGCCGACGACACUACAGCAGGAGAGACAAAACCUGGCAGACAUUCUACUAAGCACAAUGCACGCAGUUAUCUGGAACAGCACCAUGGGGGACCUUCAUUCCAGGUCUACACGGCAGCUGCAGCACGAUCUUAACCAUAACGUGAAGCCGCCGGCAGCAGCCAUCAAGAUCACGGACUCCCAGCUGCAACAGAUGGACACCCGCAUUGCUGCUCUGGAGGCAAGGCCUUCCCAAGCAGCGCCAGGCUGCACGACAGACACGGCGAAACAGCUCGGCGAGCGCAUCGACCAUGUCGUCAAUCUAAUCGACGAACUAGGUGAUUUCACUAGUCCGGCCACAAUCAGCAGCACGGUGGCCGCCAUCCAGACGUACAUCACCAAAUUGCAGACACAACCGGACGCCGCUACAAAGACAUACAAGAUUCCGCACUUCAACAUCAGCAAGUUUGAUGACUACAACAAGAUAGACGCCUUGACAUGGUGGCAAAGUUUCCUCGCGGAAGCAUCCUGCCGCAUUGUCCCGGCUGAAGACAUGAUGAAGGCGCUCUACUACCUCCAACUGAUUGGAGGAGCACAGGCAUGGAUAAACCAUCUUGCGGCCGGCAAGAAAUGCACCAUCGCCAAACUCCACACGCACAUUCCGUGGAAGGAGUUCGAGCAACUGUGGUUCACUCGAUUCAUGGUCCGCAAUGUCGUGAAGGCGGCCAUGAACGAGGUCUACACCAGCUCACAAGGAAGCAUGCCAACUCGAGACUGGACGAUCAAGUGGCAGAAGAUAGUAACCACUCCAGGCUUCGACUUGAGUUUUCCAAAUAAUCCGAAUUCGUUUCGCGAUCGUGCGCAGGACUGCGGUCGGCACUCGGCAACGAGUACGACUAUGCCUCAUUUCAGGCUAUUCUGGAUCGUGCGAACGUGGUUAUCCAAACGGAUGACAAGGCCGCUAACGAACGGCAGUCCCAGCCGCACUAUGUGGCUAAGCAGGGCUAUCAAUAACCGACACAUAACAAUGCCGUGAUUUUUGAUGAAUCAGUCGAUCUCCACGCUGCAGCAGCAUCCUCGAGUGAUGGAGGAACUGUCGCAGCGCUCCCGCCGA